AUGCAGAUCACGGAAAGGCGCAAAUUGCGACGUCGAUGGGAGGAGGCCGCGGCGACGGUGUGCUCCCGGCCAGAAAUGGAAGAAGUUGCUGCUGCGACAACUGUCGACGGGCAGCAGUGUGCACUCAACUCCUUCUCGGAGUUGGCCGGUGCACACCGCUCGUCCCCUUCACCUCGUCACUCAUCACAUCCCCCGUACAAAACUCCUUGUCUUCAUCGAGUUUGUUCGUUGGAAUCCUCAGCCAUUCCCGCCACACACAACGACACUGACUAUUUUCUAUACUUGAUUUCACUCACUAUGCCUCCGAAAUACCCAGCCCGGGAGCGUACGUGGGGCACUCGCUAUGACACGCUUGGCUCCUCCCCCCCUCCUUCUCCCUCGAAACAUGUCCCACCGCCUAUCGCUAUCCCCCACAGUCCACCUACAUCAGUAGCCUUGAGCUCUGAUUCGAGAGACAUGAGAGACACGACUGGCGAAGGCCCCGCUGUCGUCAGCCCGAACCCAGUUCUCAAGCCCGAUAAGGUGUCGCACGACGCAAGUAUCUUCGUGGGCAGUCUUCCAUCAAACGUCGAUCAUGCUGAAUUGACGCGCCUGCUCUAUGAACAUCUUUCCGAACAUACUGAGGUGAAGAAUGUCAAGGUGGUCCGUGAUUCCAAAGGUGGCGUGUGCGCCUUUGUUCAGUGUGAGGAUACCUGUGUAGCUGCCCGUCUGAUUCAAGCACUUCAAGCACUUCCUCCUCGCCCAUUUCUAGGCCGUAUCCUUCGCUAUGAGCCUGCCCGGGCUUUCAGAACUCUAUUGGUUUCGUACCGUCAUUCCGUAAAACACAGGCCGAUCAUUGGAAUAGAUGAUUCUUCAGAUGGCGGUGUACAACCAGAACCUGCCUAUGCAAUGCGGCUUUAUCGCCCUCGCAACGCUAAAUACUUGGCAAUAUUGUACAACGCUGAGGCUCUCAACCUAGAUGCGUCCUCAGAAGAAUCCCUAUCCGAUAAUACUGUCUGCCAGGACAGCUUCACCGGAGAGGGCCUUCUUUUGACUUCAUGCAAGUACGAUGCUGAGACCCUCCGUACCCUCGCUCAAGCAUUCGGAACAGUUGGACAAUUUCAUCCCUACGAUUCUGAUGCUGAAGACAAACGGUACCCUCAUCCUCACGAUGGUCCUCGCUCCCCGGAUAUGGAUCCCAAUGUGUGGGAAGUCAAAUGGGACCAUCGGGACGAUUGUGUCAGCGCUCUAAUGACCCUACGCCGCAUACCAUUCAUUGCUGUUAGUUGGGCUCACCAUGCAAGUCUUACAUCCGGGCCCAUCUCCGAUUUACGGAAAUCAAGUUCUCCGUUUUUCAACCCCCGCUUCUCCCCAUCCUCGAUGCGGACUCGGACGAUAUCACAGCAUCAUCCGGGUCCUGUGCACGAUUUCCAGCGACUUAGGAUCACCGAAGAGUAUGCGUCUCCGAAGUACGAAUCUGGGGCUGGGGCGCAUCUACAGGCAUCGUCGUCUCCUCACAUGACGCUCUCUCCUGCAUCAGACUCGUGGGCGUUCGCACAUAGUACGCCCUUUCUAGGCACUUCGUCUUCUCUCGUUCCUCGUGUCCCAGAGCUGCAAGGUUUUCGUUCAGUUGCUGGUCAACGGAGGAGUCCGAAGUGGUCCGAGACUGAUUUCCCUCCGCUCGCUGAAAUGGAAGGAGCAGAGGGACAUGGAAAAGACGUUCGCCGUUGGGGUGACCGUGAUCCUCAAGAGGCCAGUAUCGAUGAACUUGAAGGCGGAUCCGCUGUGUCCGACUCACCAUCAUCCUCUCUGUCCGUCAACGCUUCGACUCCUGUCGCCGAAUAUGUAUCGCAGUCACCGCGUGUGCACGAGCGAAACCUCGUUCAGUCUCAGGCGCCCGCAUCGUAUGACCCAGGCAGACGACAAGACAUAAACAGUGUGCCUCCUACUCCAGACUUCUGUGUCUCCCCCAUCACUCCACUUACGCCUAGAACUGGCCACAACUUUCCUCGUACACCAACGAGUGCUGCAGGCAUGGAAAUCAUGAGCUAUGCUGACCCUGCUCAACGCAGCUUCAACACGCCUCAAAACGGCAAGAAGUCCGAGGGAAGAGAGGACAACCCCUGGUUCGGAGACAGUGGCAGAGAAGUUGAUCGGACCACUAUCUUCGUCGGUGGCCUCGAAAUGUACGGGACAAAUACUUGGGACGAGACAAAGCUGCAGAGCUUGUUUGGACGAUUUGGACACAUUGAAGACAUUCAAUUCGUUCGUCCAUUGAAUAAGCGUUCAGCGUUUGCUUUCAUCAAGUUCGAUAACACUGAGUCGCCAGCCCGUGCUGUACUCGAAGAGCACAAUCGUAUUCACAAUGGGCGGCAGAUCCGCGUACAACUCCGUGACACUAAUCCUCCGCAGCGCAGCCCGUGGAGGUACAGUCGUGGGCGGGGCAGAUUCCCUCAUGCGGGUCAAACCCGUCCCCACGGUGGCUAUGCUGGAGGGAGUUACGACGGGUUGAGUCUGGACAUCGGAGCUCGUUCUACUGGGACACCUUUGGAUCCUAUGCUCCUAGCUGCGGGACAGCCAGAAAGACUAUCCGAUAACUCGUUUGCGGUGGCAGAACCGACUUUUCUGAAUCACGGUGGGCCGUUUUCGGAUGUGAGAGGCGCCGAUCACAGUUGGUUAUCCCGUCCUGGUGCGCAUAGCCAAGUUGGAUAUGCAGAAUCUGCGGGCGCGGGCAUUCCUUCGGACACCUCGAGCUCGACAAAAGUAUCUUCUUCUCAAGCCGACGCUCCUGGCGAUUUACACUCCGAUACACUUGAUUCCUUGACGCCUCCUCCUCCCGCGAGUAUUGGUGCUGGUUCCUCCAUGGACAGCAUUCCUGCUCCUAUGCAGCAAUACACAAUGACCAAUAUGGGAUACUUUCCGCAUCAACCUUGGUUCCAUUCUUACUCUCCUCAAUAUUCUUAUCCUGUUCCCUUCGUUCAUGGCUAUCCAGGUUAUCCCGCUCCUCCUGCUCAUGGUUUGCCAACGUUCGCCGGAUCGGAUUCCGCUAAUGCUCAUAUGGGAGGGCAGAACCCGUGGGUGAACAUGUACAAGCCUAUGGUUCCCUACGCACCCUAUCCUACAGUUGCACCGGGUAACGACCAAAUUCAGGUGCCUCAGUCGAACAUGCAACCACCUCUGAGACCGACCGGCUUCAUUCAGGGCGAGCAUGGCACUUUGAUCCCAGUCUACCAGCCAGAAGCAUUAGAUCAAUACAUGUCGAAUACUCAGCACACCCAGUCCCCUCCUCAGGGCCCGACGCAGGGACAGCCUCCUCUAGCAUGGCCGCACUAUCCACAAGUUCCUAUGUAUCCGUAUGCAGUGCAGUCGCAGCCCAUGGCUCCCUCGUCUUCACAGCAGACGCAGUUGGCUCAACAGCGCGGUUGGAUUCCUAGUCCUGCGCCCUUUAUAUAUCCGGCUCCGCAUCAGCCUCAGGGACACGGUCUUCCUGUUCCUUAUAUCCUUCCUCCAGGAUCAUCGGGCUCGCUCAGUAGUUCUUCCUCGUUCCGUGGGUCAUACACGGGUGCUACACAGAAUAUUCAUCAGUUCGCGCACCGCAGCACUCCCCCUCCGAAACCUUUCAACCGUCGUGAACAGCAUCAUAAUCCCGGGUUCAACGGCAACCGUGCUGGUCACAUGCGACCCUCUCCUCAUCGUGCUACGAGAUUCAACGACACCGCGACCACAGCUCCCUACGGUAUCGCUGAUUCCUAG